CCGGAAAACAGUGCUGCUGUGCUUGUGUUUAACACUGGGGGGCAGCACUGUGCAGUUCAGGAACUUUUAACCGGUUGCUGCUUCCUGUGUGGACUUUAAGCUGUAGUGGAUUCUUGCUGGAAGCUGAAGACAUGGCUGAGGUGGAAGUCAAAGAAGGAUCGGUGAAGGUUUCUGGACAAACAUUAUUUUUUCGAGAGGCGGUUCCACUGCAGACCUCUCCAAAGCAGCCCCCCGUUCUCUUGCUGCAUGGAAUUAGAUUCUCGUCCUUAGACUGGUUGAAGCUAAACACUAUGCAGAAACUGGCAGCGGCUGGACACCGUGCAGUAGCCAUAGACCUACCAGGUCUGGGACAGUCCAAGGAUGCCGUGGCUCCUAGUCCACUGGGAGAGCCAGCCCCAGCAGGAUUCUUGCAGGAGGUGCUGCAAUCCUUAAACAUGGUACCUGCGGUGAUCAUCAGCCCCUCCCUCAGUGGCAUGUACUCCCUUCCUCUCCUUGUGAACCAACCACAGAACAUAGCAGCCUAUGUGCCUGUUGCACCCAUCUGCACAGACAAAUUCCCUGCUCAAGACUAUGCCCGUGUGCAGGUACCCACUCUGAUAGUGUAUGGGGACAAAGAUGAGCAACUGGGAGAAGUGUCCUUACGUAACCUGAAGAACCUACCUAAUCACGAAGUGCUGUGUAUGAAAGGGGCCGGUCAUGCCUGUUACCUGGAUGACCCAGAAACCUGGCACAACGGGCUUCUACAAUUCCUCAGCAAUCUGAAAUGAGAGGAACCUCACAGAUCGCAGUGUUUUUCCAAUCAGACCAAGCCAAUCAUAACUAUAAAUUAGAUUAUAAUUAAGAUGCUUUGGGUGGUAUAAGGCUGGCUUAAAUGAUGGUAGUAAAUGGCAUCUAUGCAUACGCAGAGGUACUACAUGUAAGUUGUAGCAUUUGAAGGAAUAAUGCUUGUUAAAACACAAGAUUGUAGCCAGAAACAAUGUGGUGCACACCACUAAUUUUUGUAUACAUGUUUGUAACCGUUUGGUAAUUUUAGACUAACGUUUAUACACCAAAA